UUGAUUCCUGGAUUUUGACCACAAACAGACAUCGCAGGCUAUAAGAUCAGGGAUAACAGCAUCUGUACUGCUGUUUUCAUAAAUGUUUACAUCACAGGUUUUAUGUUUUGGGGUCAGCUUUUAGGACAUUCAGAGCAUCAGUUUUUUAUGUGAAAAUCUAAUGCAGUAUAGGAACAACUUCUUUUUCAGCUCAGAAUUUUACCUAUGUUGAUAAUUACAUAGGUGCACAAAUUAUAUAAAUGUUAUGGUAUUACCAUGCUUGGUUCAUAUGCACAUGAAGAGGGAUCAAUAUUUUCCUAUCAGAAAUUAAUAUGAUUUUCUUACAUUGAAAAUAUUGUUAGCAGGGUCUGAAGCUUGCAGGAAGGUGCACAUCCCAGGAGAUGUAUACAAAACCCAAUACACUUUCACCUAUUGAUAACAAAGAAACAAUGGGAAUUCUGCAAUUUGCUCAAAUAUAAUUUUGUGAGAUUUGUCUUGACCUUGAGAUGUGUUGGCGACCUUCAAGCUGCAGACACACAUUUAUUUGUAAGUAGCCUCAUGGCUAUCAUUAUGUAUGAUGGAAAAGAUUUGUAGUAGUAUAUUCCAACCAAUGCUGAUCUCCUUCAUGGGGGACUAUAAAAGAAUAAUAAAAUUCUUCAAUGCAACUUCACUUGUACGUAUGUGAUAUGUUGCUUAAUACUCCAGAAAGCUUUUCUAGAGUUGAAUAUCUUGCAGGAAGGACACCAGACUCCUGUUGUUUUUCUGCAAGAUGAAUAGCUUUGUGCAGUUCCGUGUUGUAAAUUUGAUAUUUGGAAUUGACUGCCCGUUAUGGCAGAUGUAUUAAGGUAAUCAUCGUUGUGUUGGUUGUAUACUAUUACCAAGCUUUUGUUAGCUUUCAUUGACACAGUGGAAAUUGACGAGAAAGGACACAAGAUACUGUGACAUACAAGCACAAAGUCUAAGGAAUGGUUUGACUUAAUUGGCAAUUUAUAUUCUUCACCUUUAUAAAAAGAAGAAGGAAAAAAGUCCAGAUGGUAAAUUUUCCAGAAAAAUUCACAAAAAAAUAUUAUUGAAGAACCUGUAUUCAUUAAUCCAGUACAUCAGGAAAAACAGUAAACUAUACUUUCCUUAUAUGUGUUUAUUUUUUUGGUUUGUUUUGAAUUUAAAGUUCUUGUGUUGGUCCUGAUUUCCAUUUCUCUGCUGUGUAGAAAUCUGAUUGUUGUGUUGUUUUGUAUAGACCUACUGGAUUGAUGAAGGCAGAAUAUCCAGCCAAUUCUAUUUCUUCGUUCUUGUACUCGGGUCACAGAGAAUUUGAAUUCACUCACUGAUAGGAAAAUGUAUUCCUCUUCAUGGAACACUUGAGAAAUCGCACAAUGAUGGCAUUAUCUCACGGAGUUUGCGUUGAUGGUAUCUCGUGAAAACCAAACAUUAAUUUAUAUUUAGAUAAAAAAAAAAUGAAAGUUUAUACACCAUUUAUAAUUUCUUGAUUUCUUUUGAGAAAUUUUACUUUAAAAUAUUAGUCUGCAAACAGCAUCAGUUUCUGAACAAAGCUUGAAUUAAUUUGCUUUUACCAAUAUAAAGCUGGUGUUUGCUGAAACUCGGGCAGUGUUUGAAGAUAACGAGUUCUACGGAUAUUGAAUGAAUACAGGUCUUUAUUAGGCCUUUCCUGUAAGUAAAUAUUAUCAUGUCUGGAUUGAUUGUUGAUUUGCGAAACAUAAGCUUGCAAACCAAAUGUAGGAAUUGUACAUCAAUUUCCAGGAUAUCAAAAUGUAAAGAAAAUCCAGAUAUAUGCAAGUAGAGGGGGAGGGGGGGUUACUGUUUUGGCAAAAGUUCCAUAAAGUUACUGAUUACCUCAACCUCAGCUAGAGUCUCUAUAAUCAGACUUUCAGUACAAACGAUACCAAAUUUAACCUUUCACCACUGUAGACCAUAAUGGACUCAUCCAUAUCAAUACAUGGUAGAGUCUAAUAAAGUUACAUAGGGGUGAAAGGGUUAAUUAAUAUUUAGCGCAAACUCUUGUGUGUGUUAUAGAGGUAUUCCAGACAUACAAGCCAAAGAUGUAUAGAGACAUGACUUGUAUGUAAGUGAAAAUUGACUCGUGUAUCCAAGAUUAUUUUGAACCACUAAUGUCUAUUUUUUACCUGUCAUUAAUCCAAAAUUUAUCUUUUUAUAAUUUCUGUAAUACAGUAUUGAGAUGGCAGUAACAUGUUUUUGAUGGCCCCUUUGGAGGCCGGACACAAGGAGGGCAAAACCUAUCGACGACGGGUAUGCUUUGCAUUGGCAUGCUAUUUGAAGGCCAUAGAAACGCAACCUAACUUUGCCGUGGCCUGGAGCAACCUGGGAUGUGUGUUCAAUGCUCAGGGGGAAAUCUGGUUGGCCAUUCACCAUUUUGAGAAGGCUGUGGCUUUAGAUCCAAAUUUCCUGGAUGCCUACAUUAACUUGGGAAAUGUUUUGAAGGAGGCAAGAAUAUUUGACAGGGCUGUGGCAGCAUAUCUGAGGGCAUUAAACUUAAGUCCAAAACAUGCAGUGGUCCAUGGCAACCUGGCUUGUGUCUACUACGAACAGGGGUUAAUAGAUCUGGCUAUAGACACGUAUAAGAGAGCCAUCGAGCUGCAGCCAAACUUCCCUGAUGCCUACUGUAACCUAGCUAAUGCCUUGAAGGAAAAGGGGAAGGUUCCUGAGGCAGAAGAAUGUUAUAACACUGCCCUGAAGUUGAGUCCCACACAUGCUGACUCUCUAAACAACUUAGCCAACAUCAAACGGGAGCAGGGGAAUACAGAGGAAGCGGUCAAACUCUACCUCAAUGCCUUAGAGGUGUAUCCUGAGUUUGCCGUGGCACAUUCUAAUCUGGCCAGUGUCUUACAACAACAGGGUAAACUCCACGAAGCCUUGACCCAUUACAAGGAAGCUAUCAGAAUCUCGCCAACAUUUGCUGAUGCAUACUCUAACAUGGGUAACACACUGAAGGAGAUGCAGGAUAUCCAGGGGGCGCUGCAGUGUUACACGCGUGCCAUACAGAUCAACCCCGCAUUUGCUGAUGCUCACAGUAACCUGGCAUCAAUUCAUAAGGAUUCUGGUAACAUCCCUGAGGCAAUAUCCUCCUACAGAACAGCACUGAAGCUAAAACCAGACUUUCCUGAUGCCUACUGUAACCUAGCCCACUGUCUACAGAUUGUUUGUGACUGGACGGACUAUGGUGUGAGGAUGAAGAAACUGGUACGGAUUGUCCAGGACCAGCUGGAGAAGAACCGUCUCCCCUCAGUCCAUCCUCACCACAGUAUGCUUUACCCACUCACACAUCAGAUGAGGAAAAACAUCGCUGCACGUCAUGCCAAUCUCUGUCUCGAUAAGAUAAAUGUGUUGCACAAGCCUGCGUAUGAUCAUGUGACAGACACCAGAGCCAGUGGUGGACGACUGAGGAUCGGCUAUGUCAGCUCUGACUUCGGCAACCACCCAACAUCACACCUAAUGCAAAGUAUUCCGGGCUUCCAUGACCGCAAAAACGUAGAGGUGUUCUGCUACUCCCUGAGUCCUGAUGAUGGUACGACCUUCAGAGCGAAGCUUUCUAGAGAAGCACACCACUUCACUGACAUGUCUCAGAUACCAUGCAAUGGUAAGGCUGCAGACAGGAUCCAUGCUGAUGGCAUACACAUCCUCGUCAAUAUGAACGGCUACACCAAGGGAGCAAGGAAUGAGCUGUUUGCACUGCGACCAGCUCCUAUACAGGUGAUGUGGCUUGGUUACCCAGGGACUAGUGGGGCGCCCUUCAUGGACUACAUACUGACUGACCAGACCACAUCACCUCUCAAGCUCGCUGACCAGUACUCGGAGAAGCUGGCUUACAUGACUAAGACAUUCUUUGUGGGUGAUCACAAACAGAUGUUCCCCCACUUGGCGGACAAAGUGUUACAGGAGGUCAAUGGUGAAGUGUCUGACAACAACAUUGUCUACAACGGUGUUGACCUGGAGCCACUGAUGAGUACUGGAGAAGUGAAGUGGGUGACAAAUUACUGCGAAAAAGGGUCGACAACUGAUGAACCUGAUGGGUCAGCUGGUGUUGUAACAUUCAAAACUAUGAACCUGGAAGUUGAGCCUAUCCUUGAGGCCAUGAUACUGAAGAGUAUGCCGCUCUCCUAUAUCAACAAUGUCCCUAUUCAGAACGGUGUCACCACUAAUCAGACGAACAACAAGUCAGCAACAGGAGAGGAAGUGCCAACCAACAUCAUCAUCACGGCACGCAGUCAGUACAGCCUGCCCUGUGAUGCAGUGGUGUACUGUAACUUCAACCAGCUGUACAAGAUUGACCCAGACACACUGGACAUGUGGGUGGAGAUCCUGAAGCGUGUGCCCAACAGUGUUCUGUGGCUGCUCCGUUUCCCUGCGGUAGGCGAGCCCAAUGUCUUACAGGCUGCUAUCAAUGCGGGACUGGCCCCCAAACGCAUCAUUUUCUCACCUGUAGCUCCAAAGGAGGAACAUGUACGUCGUGGCCAGCUGGCUGAUGUAUGUCUGGACACACCCCUGUGUAACGGCCACACAACUGGUAUGGAUGUGCUCUGGGCAGGAACUCCUAUGGUUACCCUUUCAGGGGAGACCCUUGCCUCUAGGGUGGCAUCCUCACAGCUGUUCACCUUGGGCUGUCCCGAACUUGUGGCUUACACGCGCGAUGAUUAUAUUGACAUUGCUUCCAGGCUCGGCAACGAUAAAGACUUUCUGAGGGGGAUGCGAGCUAAGGUGUGGAAGGCCAGACUGACAAGUCCACUGUUUAACUGUCAACACUACGCAAGCAACAUGGAGGGUCUGUACACCAAGAUGUGGCAGAGGUACGAGGAGGGGCUGGAGCCUGACCACUUGUCUGUCCACUGAACCUGUCCCUUAGAUCAAACCUUUCCUGUGCAAAGACACUGAUGCACACGCAUAAACAGUGAACAACAACAGAUGGAUACUGGAGUAUGUCUGUUGGACAGUAAAUCACUGAAGUGUGCGGAGGACACUUGUGUGGAGCAUCUAUUGCUGGAGUGGUUCUAACUAACAUCUUUUCUUCUAUCAUGAAAAAUAGAUCCAUUCAAAAUAUUUGAUUCUGAGAAUCGGUAGAAAUCGUAAGAUUUACAAGACAUAUUAAACGACUAACGUUUUAUCCAGCAAAUUACAUCUUUUUGUGCCGGCCCACAAAUCAUGUCGUCAACUUGAUUCCGAAUAAUUUAACAAUUAACAUUGGAAAGCAACAUAAAGUGGUAGAUUUACUUUGUUGUUCUAAAGUAAGUGGAUGAUUGUUGAUUCUACAAAAUGUGACAUGGGUGUUGUUGAUAAAACCCCUGUGAUUGCAUACAUUGAAUCAUUGAUUAGAAAGUGUCUGAUGUAGCUUAUCUCAUUACCUCUGCUUUAUUUCUACUGCUUGUAUACUUCAGAAUUCCUGAAAAAUAUAGAAUUUUUUGUUUGAAUUUGCAAGUCAGUGUUUAUCACAAAUUUAAAUGUCUUUCAAGUGUCAGUCACUUUUCAACCAAGAUCACUAAGUAAAACCAGAGAAUGCAGACACCAUAUUUGUCCGGGGAAAAUAUAUUCAUUCAUGAGGGUAUGGUAAAAUGUUUUAAUAUGUGCAAGUGUUUUAGAGAAAUGGGACCUUGAAAUGCAAUGGUCGUAAGGGAGGUGGGCAAAUGAAAUGAGGGGCAGUAUAUAUCGAGGUAUACUGUAUACCCUCAUUAAUUUUUUUCAAUAAUUAGUUGAUCAAAGGACCAUUGCCAAUACAAAAGUAAGCAUUUAAGAAAAAUGGAGUGAUGACACUUGCAUUAUUUUACACAAGUGAAAGACGUUUGUCUGCAUUUGGGAAACACGAUGCACCUCGGGUGAAAAAAUAAUGUCUCACCAAAGCAAGGCAAUAAAUAGUUUUAUGACCUACAACAGUUCAGAUUAUUAAGUUUAUCACUCCUCGUUUGAAAUAAGAAACUUGGGUCUACUUGUCCUUGUCACCGGCUUAAGUCACUUGAAACUCUGGGGGCUCAAAUUUGCACAGGGAACACGUAGAAUGAGAGGGAGACUCUUUUAAAGUCACAUGAAAAACCCGAAUCAAUUAUGUUUACUGAGGGAAACUUAUGUAGAACUGGUUUUAGUUUAAUAGCUACAAUGAUUUAUUAGCCAUUCUGGUCAUUUCUAGCCUGAGCUUGGUAGUGUGCGAUGGUUAGACCUUAUGCUAAGUAUAUGAUAUUGUGGAUGGAUGGCUUGGUGUAUUGUGAUAUGAACAUAUGUAAGGACCUGAUGGCAUGUGUUGGUUUAUAAGUGAACAAGGGUUAAAUAAUUUGCGAGUCAAAUAACCUGUGCUUGUUGGGAAGUGAGUGAGGGUAAUAUAACCUUUGCUAGAUUUGGAAGUGUGCAAAUGUCAAAUAGCCCUGGCUUGGUUGGAAAAGAGUGAGGGUCAGUGGCCUGUGCUAGUUCAGAAGCGACUGACCGUGAGUCAAUGGCCUGGCUAGUUCAGAAGCCACUGACCGUGAGUCAAUGGCCUGUGCUAGUUCAAAAUUGAGUGAGGGCAAGAUAGCCUGUGUUUGUUUGAAAAUGAGUAAGGGAAGCUUGGUUGGAUGAUGCAAGUUACUUUGAAAGAAUGUAGAGGUGUGUAUACCUGCCAAGUCCCUACAUUUGUGCAGGUCUACCUGCAAAUGAUCUUCAUUACCGGUGCAGAUUGUAGUGUAUAUUUUGCACAGCUUAUUAUUCCAACAUUGAAAAUGUUGAAAAAAAUACACCCCUUAAAUGACAUGCUGAUAUUGAAAAAGGCAAAUAUUAACGUUUUAAACAUACCCUACUAGUGGUUUUGAUGGUCGAGUAUUUGGCAGGUAUGUAAGGAUUGAUUGGUGACACGUGUAUGUGGCCAACACUGCCAUGUUUUACAUUGGAGGUGUGUGGAUAUGCUAGUCACAAGCUUCAUGCAUUUACAAAUGGUAGAUAAAGUGAGUAAAUGUUUUACUGAUAUGCAAAAAGAGUUUGUUUUAGAUUGAACCUGGUUUCACUACCUGGUUUAGUGAAACCUAUACAGAUAUUUAUAGUACAUAUUUAUGUACAAUUUUAUUGUGUUGUGUUUGUUAUCUACAAAAUAAUACUUUGUUGAAUUCUAUAUUUUAUCCGAUCACUUCUUUCUGACUAGUCGAUGGGCUAGGUGAGAAAUAAAAAUACUGAAAAGAU